UUAAUAUGAGAUGAUAUUAUAGCUAAGAUGGAUAAAACACAGGAAAAUGAGAAGUGUCGCGUUGGAUUUUCAAUAUCUCCAUUUGAUGACGAACAUGCAAAUCCGUUUGCAGAUGCUGUUUCUCUUGGAAGAAAACUAUCAGAUGAGUUGGAGAAUAUAGAGAAAUUGAGGACUUCUACAUAUAGUGAGAAAUCAGAUCAAGAUGUAUCUUCUAAGCCAUGGUUUACACCAAAUAAAUCACAACUUAAUGUAUCUUCUUUUCGUAGUUAUAGUACCUGUCGUAGUCCUAAAUCAUGUCUACAAAAUGUUGAACUGGAUUAUGAUCCAUUAAGUUACCUGGAUGAUACUGGUUCUACAAAUUUAAAUUUUUCAAAUGAUACCACUCAUAUAUCAUCUUUAACUGUUUUAAAUGAGAAAUCUCCUUUAAUUGAUAAACUGAAAAACAUUGGUUUAGAUGAGCCACUUCAUACAUCUUCUGAGCAAAGUAAUAAGGUUGUAUUUACAGUUUCUGUGGGUGAUCCUCGUAUUGUUGGUGAUAUUGCUUCUGCUCAUACUGUAUAUAAAAUAUUUACAUGUAUAACAUCUAAUGCAUCUAAACCUAUUGAAUAUAUUGUUAAUAGACGUUAUAAAGAUUUCCUUUGGCUUUAUAAUUCUCUUCAUUCGAAUAAUCCUGGUGUUAUUGUUCCUUCUCCUCCUGAAAAACAAGCUGUUGGCCGAUUUCAGGAAAAUUUUAUUGAAUUUAGGAGGCAUGCUUUUGAACGUAUGCUUAGAAAAAUUGUUGCUCAUCCUAUUUUGCAAAAUGAUGCAUGUGUUAAAAUGUUUUUGGAAUCUGAUACAUUUGCUGCAGAUAUUAAAGUUAAAGAGAAAGUCCCUGUUCAUGAAAGUAAAGGAUUUAUUAGCUCUAUUGGCGAAGUUUUUACUAGAGGUGCAUUUAGUGGGAAAUAUGUAGAACAAGACAAUUGGUUUAAUGAGCAAAAGCAGAUAUUUGAUUUAUUAGAUAUUCAAUUUAAAGGGAUGUCCAAAGCUAUUGAUACUGUCGUUAGGCAGAAAAAAGAUCUUGCACAAACAACAGGAGAUUUUGGACUUGCUUUGUCAAAUUUAUCUAAUAUAGAGUUGGAUGAAUCUUUAUCUCUUGCUUUGAUAUCUUUCUCUGAUCUUCAGAUAAGGAUAAAGGAAUUUUAUGAGCGUCAAGCUCAGCAAGAUAUUUUAAUUCUUGGGUCUAUGGUUGAUGAAUAUAUUAGACUUAUUGGCAGUGCUAAACAUGCAUUUUCUUUAAGACAGAAAGCAUAUCUAAAUUGGCAAGCUGCAGAAUCUAGUUUAGCUAAAUGUCGAUUUGAAAAAACUAAAGGUCAAGGGAAAUUUCAACAAAGUUCAUCUGAAUCUUCUAUUAAUAUUUUAGAUGCCGAAAAACGUUGUGAUCAAUUAAAAUGUGAUUUUGAUAAUAUUAGUAAUAUUUUGAAAGAAGAAAUUGAGAGGUUUGAAAUAGGAAAAAUAGAAGAUUUUCGUGGUAGUGUAGAAACUUUUUUGGAGUCGGUAAUCGAAGCACAAAAAGAGCUUAUUGAAUUGUGGGAAACCUAUUUGACUGAAUUGGAGAAAAAAACUGAAGUAUCUAAUGACUGACUUCAUUUUAAUAAUAUUUGACUAUUAUUCAUAUUUAGCAGGAUUAAGCGCG